AUGGCCUCGCUGCAGCUGCGGCCGACCACCUUGGGCCAGCGUGGUGGAGGCAGUGCCAAGCUCACCAAGCCACGAGGCCGCAUCGUCGUCAAGCCCCUCCUCAAGAAGCUGCACUCACACUCGGACCGCGAGUCGCUCGACCUCGACCGCGGUUGGGAUGACCAGCCCUCGCUCGAGCGCCUUCACCAUGGCUCUUACGACACUCCUCCCGUCUCCCCCCACUACACAUGCUACGCCUCCCCGAGCUCCGCUAGGUCGCCGCGCGACGUGAGCUUCUCGCUGUCUCCAUCUGACUUUGGAGCAGGAGGUGGCCGGCCUCAUAACUUCUCGCACGCCCGCUCUGCCAGCGCCGCUUCUCAUGCUUCCAUUGCCACCACCAACAGCGGCGGUGGGCGCAACGGCGGCUCCUUUAUCCAUCCCUUCCAGCAGACCCCCCAGACGUCGCUCUCGUACGCUCACUCGCGCGCCUCGCUCGACGUCGUCGCCCGCGACUGCUCGCCUACCAUCACCGAAGACGACGGCGACUUUGAUCCAAACGCCUCCUUUCACUCCGUCUCGACCUCGGCCGCCCGGCCGCCUGCCCAUCACCUCCAGCAGCAGCCUCGCCGCUCCUCGCUUGCCAGCCAACCCGCCAGCUCCCUGUCGGACGGCAUCCACGCCCUGCACGUCGUUGCCAGCCGUUCGCUCUCGGGCUCCGUCCAGCGUCUCGCCUCCAGCUCCGCCAACCAAAGCCGCUCCGAGCUGCAGCUCAGCGCCGGGGCCUCCCUCGUCGACUCACCACUGUCGACGACUGCGCCGCCGGCAACCGCCAUCUCCUCUCCCCAGUCCACCACCGCUGCGCCAUCCUGUUCCUCGUCGACCGGGCCAAUGUCCCCCAUUCGCUCCUCUCUCGACAUGGCCGGCUUCCGACUUCGCUCCCGGAGUGAGCUCGACGCAGUCAGCCGCCAAGACCAUGUGCGCGAGGCCCGUCGCAAGUUCGAGGCCAAGGAGCGCGCCAAGGAGGAAAGGUACGCCCGUGAGCAGGUUCGCAAACGAGAACGCGCCUGCAGCAAGGAGGCCCAGAAGUUGGAGCGCGAGCAAGCCCGACUGCACAGGACGAGCCAGGCCAGCCUAUCCGGCCGACCCACCUCCAGCGGCCCGCGCCGGAGGGUGGUUGCCGGCGGCAUUGGGCUCGGUCUCGUCGAGGCCGACGAAAAGUCUGCCUGCUCCGGCCGCGCAGACGACAGCCCUUCCUUGGGGCAGGCUCCUCGGGCUAGGGCGGACAACGUCGAAUUCAAGUCAUCCAAGCGCACCAAGACAGCCAAGCACAGGACCGUCGGUGUCUGGACCGCCUUCAUGCUCUGGUUGAGGACUCGGCUGCUCAAGCUCGGACGGCGCUAG